CUCAGCUGUGCGGCUGCUGAGGGGAGGGAGCUGGGACAAUAACAGCAGCAUAGAGAGCGGAGUGUACAGAGCAGUGUGUCCGCUCUCCUUCCCUCAUGAGCACAGCCCGGCUCUCAUACACCCGCCGCACUCUGCCCGCCCCACACACUGCCCAGGGAUGAGAAAGAGAGCCGAGUCUGGGGCCCGGGAACAUGACAGCUACGGUGCCGCUCCGCUGGACAGGGAGUGCCGCCUGAAGAACCUGAGGAUACCGGGGACAAAGGGGCCGGACUGCGACACCACCAAGGGGAUGAAGAGGUUCGGCAGGCGCUAUGGCUUGUGGUCCCGGUUACGAAUGUUUCUUAUUGCACUAGUUGGCUUCUAUAUAGCCAUUCCAUUCCUUGUAAAGAUAUGUCCUGCAAUACAAACUCAGCUGGUCUUUUUAAAUUUAGUGAGGUUUCCAUAUUUUAUUGACCUAAAAAGGCCUCAUGAUCAAGGGUUAAACCACACCUGCAAUUUUUACUUGGAACCAGAAGAAGAUGAAGCUAUUGGUGUCUGGCACACCGUUCCUGCAGUGCUUUGGAAAGAUGCUCAGGGAAAGGACCUGGCGUGGUACGAGGAAGUGAUGUCUACAAACUAUCCUGUCAUUCUUUACUUACAUGGGAAUGCAGGCACAAGAGGAGGUGAUCACAGAGUACAACUAUACAAGGUCCUCAGCACAAUGGGUUUUCAUGUCAUUUCAUUCGACUACAGAGGAUGGGGUGACUCCGCUGGUUCUCCUUCAGAGACUGGUAUGACCUAUGAUGCCCUUCAUGUCUUUGACUGGAUCAAGGCCAGAAGUGGGGACAAUCCUGUGUACAUCUGGGGACACUCUUUAGGAACAGGUGUUGCCACAAACUUGGUGAGGAGGUUGUGUGAAAGAGAAACCCCUCCUGAUGCCCUGGUCCUGGAAUCACCUUUUACAAACAUUCGAGAAGAGGCAAAAAGUCAUCCUUUUUCUGUGGUGUACAGAUAUUUCCCAGGUUUUGAUUGGUUUUUCCUCGAUCCCAUCACAGCAAGUGGCAUCAAGUUUGCCAACGAUGAAAAUGUCAAAUACAUAUCAUGCCCACUGCUGAUACUCCAUGCAGAGGAUGACCCUGUGAUCCCAUUUCAUCUAGGAAGAAAGCUUUACAACAUUGCUGCCCCAGCAAAGAGUUUACGUGAUUACAAAGUGCAAUUUGUCCCUUUCCACAAAGACCUUGGAUACCGGCACAAAUACAUAUAUAAGAGUCCAGAAUUACGACAGAUAAUAAGGGAUUUCCUUGGCAGUGCCCAGGAGCAGCAAUAGACCAACUACAUGAAACAGGCUGGAUAUUUGUAUGUGGUUUGGGGGCAGCAAUAUGAUUCCAGUGUAUCAAUGAAAAAGCAGGAGUUUGAGAGCUACCGUGUCAGUGCUUGCUCCCGCUUUCCCAUUGGAUAUAAUCCAUUCCUUUGUCCCUAGGGUACAACUACCAAACAAGGGUGUGACCCCCCCCUAUGUAUGUUUGUACAUUUUGCCUGCAUCUCUCAGACUAUAAUGGGACAUUUUGUGUUUUUAAAGCAGCUAAUGCAGAACCUGAAAAGCCAACAGACAGCACCAAAAGAGCAAUCUGGCUGUAGGUGAGAUGUCUGUUACAUUUGUGUCCCCACUUUGGCAGGACUUGGAUAAAGUUACUGAUGGUAAUCAAAAUUCUUAAAUGAUAACUGAAAGAGCUGCAGUUUUACACUGCGGGACUUAAGUCCAGUUGCCAUUAUCAACGCAAUAAUUUUAAAGGUUAUGCAUGUUAGAAUUUACACUGUCGUUCUGUUAGCAGAUAACCAGUACUUUCUGCUUUACCAGAUAAUCCAUAGAUGUGUGUGAUUGUGUGGAAGGUGAGGGUAAUCAUUUUAUACAAGGGAUUAAUGUUCUGCAUCCUUUGUGAAAGAAUAUGAUAGAUGCAGGACUUUUAAAUAGUCAGCUGUGUACAUAGGAUGAGCUUAUCGCACUGAGAUUGUGGAGCUUUUUUGUUUUAUUAGAGACAAUGCUUUAGUUUAUCAUAAAUCCAUAGUGUGACCUUUUUUUACUUGGAUUAAGUCGAAGACCUAUAACUUCAGCUGACAGCUUUGUAUAUUAUACAUUCUGUGGAUUAGAGCCAUGGUUGGCUAAAGCCCACAUAAGAGCUGCCUAACCAGAAAAGUUUUUUUGUUUUUUUUAGCUUCCAUUGUAUGACAUAUUUAUAUUAAUAGAAAUAACCCAAUUCCCGGGUCUUUCUUAAAAGCACUCCUCGCUGCACUGAUAUAGAGCUGUUACUGAUGAACACAUCAUACAUAUCCUUUUUUUUUUUUUUUACAUAUUGGUAUGAGAUUUGUUAUAUGGAAUGCCUGAGAAAUACAUUAACGCUCUAUUGAGUAUUGGGCUUCACAAAUUAACUCCUGCUAUAGCCACAAUUCUUCUGAGCCUUUUUUUAGUCUCAUCAGCAGAGUUUCUUACACUGGCAUUGCAUAUUUAUAAGCUGACUUGGAAGAAAGGACCAUUUAACUUAUUGCAAAUAAUAGCACCAUGUACAAAAUGUGACAGAAACAGCCCUGGUGUUCAUUAAGUAUCUAAAAUGAAAUAUCUAAGACGGUACAUCUACAAUAGAGCCUGUGCUUGUGUUCUGCUUUUCCUCUUCUGUCCAAACAGUGCUUUGCUCAGGUGUGAUACAUCAGGGCAUUUUGGAUUGGACCACAGUGAUGUCUACUUGGGAUGAGCAGCUAGAUUUGGAGGUUUAGGAAACUCUUUGAACAAGAGGACAGUGGACACCAAAUUUCUGGAUGUCGGAUUUCUGUGUUGAUUAAUCUGGAUCGCCAUCGCCGUAAGAGUUCUACCAUAACAAAACAGAAUUUCCCUUGGUGUUAUAGGCAUCUUUGGCUACACAAGUCCAUUUUCCCCACAAUAGAUACUGAGCAAUAAACUGAGUGUGGAUCAGGAAAAUGUACUUCUGCAACAGAUACACUGCUAAAAGGUACACAUAGAACAGUUUGCACUACUAAUUAUAUGAGUUUGUCUUUAUUUUCCUAAGAAUUUACUUGAAAUAACUUGUGGCAUCAAGAAGGAUCUUAUAUAUUCAGAAAUCAGAACAUAUAUCUUUUCUGUUUAACAUGCUAGUUAUUUUAAUUUUGUGCUACAGUGUGAAUGUUAAAAUCUUGUGGUUUUAAAAUAAACAUCAAUUAUUAAGUGAUCUGGAA